AUGGCCGUGACAUUUCCGUUGCUUUUCCUCCUUGCUUCACAAUUAUUGGUAGUCUCUGUGGUGUCAAGAACCUUUACGAUAGAGAACAAAUGCGAAGAAACUAUAUGGCCUGCAAGCUACUCCUACGCGGGAUCGGUUAACACACCCGGUUUCCAACUUGAGAAGGGAGGUACACGUGUCAUAAACGUGUCGUCGUUAUGGAUUGGUCAUUUUUGGGGCCGAACGCUCUGUACAACCAACUCAACAGGGAGUUUCUCAUGCACUACCGGAGACUGCGGCCGUUCCAGUAAAGUCGAGUGCUCCACUACCGCCAGUCUCUUGCCUCCCCUAACGUUAGCAGAGUUUCUGGAAACCUUAGCUGAGUUUAACCUCGCUAAUGACGGCGGUGAUGACUAUUACGACGUCAACGUAGUCAACGGUUACAACCUUCCUAUGGUUGUGACCCCUGAGAACAAAAAGUGCGAGAGCAUUGGAUGCGUUAUUGAGUUGAAUAAGACGUGUCCAUCGGAGAUGAGGAUGAGGAGUGUCGACAUUAACUCCAACGAUCCAUUUGCUUGUAAUACGUCAUGUCAGAUAAACCAAGUCCCGGAGGUUUGCUCUGUUGGACUCUACGUUGCUGAUAAAGAUAUCGUACCACCGAAUAGAUGCAGCCGGACCAUCUACUCGGAGACUUUCAAAAACGCGUGCCCAAGCGCUUAUAGCUUCGCCUACGACUCUGAUAUCAGCACCUUCAAAUGUCGUCACUCCUCCAACUUUAUCAUCACGUUUUGCCCGCCUAGUACAGUAAAAACAGGAAAAUUUCCAUUAAAGCUAACACUCAUAAUCGGAAUUUCAUCAGUUUUAGGUGUGAUUAUCAUUAUUGCGAUUAUGGUCAAGGUGAGAGCAAAUAAUGUGAGAAAAAGAGAUUGGAAUGAGAAGAACAUAGACGCUGUUGUAAUGCUGAAGCGAUUUAGUUAUGUAGAAGUCAAGAAGAUGACAAAAUCAUUUGUGGAUGUUCUUGGGAAAGGAGGAUUCGGAACUGUAUAUAAAGGGAAGUUACUUGAUGGCAGCCGAGAUGUUGCUGUGAAGAUCAUGAAGGAGUCAAACGGGAAUGGGGAAGAUUUCAUCAACGAAGUAGCUAGCAUGAGCAGGACAUCUCAUGUUAAUAUAGUCCCUCUCCUUGGAUUCUGCUAUGAAAGAAACAAGAAAGCUAUAAUAUAUGAGUUCAUGCCAAAUGGAUCCCUUGACAAGUUCAUCUCCGAGAAGAUGUCUACGAAGAUGGAAUGGAAAACGCUAUACAACAUUUAUGUAGGUGUGUCUCGUGGCUUAGACUACUUGCACAACCGUUGUGUAUCGAGGAUUGUACAUUUCGACAUAAAGCCACAGAACAUACUCAUGGAUGGAGAGUUUUGCCCCAAGAUUUCCGAUUUUGGCCUUGCUAAACUAAGCAAAGUUAAUGAAAGCAUCAUGUCAAUGCAAGACACGAGAGGCACGGCAGGGUACAUUGCCCCAGAAGUGUUUUCCAAGAAAUUUGGAGGAGUUUCUCAUAAGUCAGAUGUGUAUAGUUACGGAAUGGUGGUUCUUGAGAUGAUUGGAGCAAAGAACAUAGAAAAGGCUCAAGAUGCUGGAUCCAAUAACAGUUCAAUGUAUUUUCCAGAUUGGAUCUAUAAGGAUCUUGUGGACGGAGAAAUCAUGAGUUUUUUCGCGGAUCAAAUAAAUGACGAAGAAGAUGAGAAGAUAUUAAAGCAAAUGGUUUUGGUGGGUCUAUGGUGUAUUCAAACCAAUCCUCUUGAUCGUCCACCAAUGAGCAAAGUGGUUGAAAUGUUGGAAGGAAGUCUUGAGGCUUUGCAGAUUCCACCUGAGCCUCUUUUAUGUUUACCAGCGAUGACUGUUCGAACAAAUGGUGAUGAGAUUCAAGAGAGUUCAAGUUUCUCGAAACUAAGUCAAGAUACUUCAAACUAUCUCGAAAAAGAAGUCCAAGAUGAUACAGAAGUGAAUCAAGAUAGCUUAAGAUCUUCCUGA